CUCGAACACGAGAAAGUGAAGGCUUUCAUCAACGUCGCACCGCGCCCUUUCUUAUUUUUAUUCGAAAGCAUCGCUUCUAGGCAUUUACUUUGCAGACAAUUACACCUUCAGAUCUCACGCAGUCCACGUCUUCUCGCCCACAUACGGCAACGGGAACCGACGGCUGACACCUUCGGAAAAAAAAGAGUCAAUCAGAAUAUCCUCAAAAUGGACUCACCUCCUACCAAGGAGGCCUCCUCCAUUGAUACCAUUACCAACAGCCCGACGCCAUCGACCACGGCAACCAACCUUCACUCAACCACGUCAAAGCCAGAUCCCAAACGCACCUUGUCCGACACAGAACCGACCACCUGCCCAUCAUUACCAUCAUCAUCUCCCCUCGUCACACCAACCACAGAUACAGAUAGCACAGCACCCAGCACCGCCUCAGCAACCACCCCACCGAGCACCCUAGAGGCCACGUCCAGCCCUACCGCUCACUUGUCUUCCAUGAUCGAGUCGAAACAGCCCACCACAUCCGCCAUUCCUGCCGACUCACUUUCCACAGACACCCAAAGCACCACAAUCUCCAAGCCAAAGAUCAUCAUCCUCCACCACGACACCAUUCUUGACGGCCGCCACAUCAUCACUCGCACAAUCCAGAACUGUUUCGCCGCCAUUCUCGGCCCAAACGUCCCGCAACCAAGUGAAGCCGCGAUUCUUAACGCUUUUGCUCAUAAUGUUACGCUUGGCGAAGCUCUUGGUCAGCUUGGUGCUUUUAAGACUUCCGGCGGCAAGCCGGCUGCUUCCUCUUCUGCUGGAGGAGGAGGUGGUGCUGCUGCUACUACUGCUGCUGUUGCUGCAGCGAACUCUGACGCUACUACCAAAUCAGAUGCCAAAGGCAAAGGCAAAGCUAAAGCCAUAGACCAAGACCCGAGCACACCCACACAGACACAGGAGGAACAACAGUACGACUACCAACACACAAUCGCCCUCUGGACCCAAGCCUACCUCCACUACACCCACGAAUUCCUCUCCGAGUUCGACAUCUACUCCGAUCUCGAGCCCUUCGCCAAGCAGAUGAGGCAGCAGGGCGUUACCGUGGUUAUUCUCAUUGCCGGGGAUGGCUUCGAACCUUCUUCACCCGAGCAGACCUCAAGCAAAGACGGAGACAAAGAUGGGAAGAAGAAGACGCCAGCGAAGGCAGUAAAGGGAGUAAAGAUAAUCCAAGAGCUGAUGAAACGCAUGGGCGUCACUGCCGCUGGUAAGGGAGCGAGGGGGUAUCAGGGUUUGGGUAGAGGUACCUCUAGACAGGCAGAUGGAGGCGGAGGCGCGGGGACAGUGGUGAUGGAUGGUAUCUACGCUUGUGGUAUUGAGGGGGAGAGGGUUGCGAGGGUUUGGAGGGCGGAGAUUUUGCCUUUAGUAGUUCCUUCUGAUGCCGUUCCGAAGGGAGCUGUUAACAGUGACGGCAAACUCAGCAAGAAAGUCAAGGCCGACACGGGUACAGCGACGACCGAUCCCCCAGUAAUGCAAAAAGAUGAGGUCCUGUUCGCGUGCUGCUCCAAGCAGUACCUUAGCCUGGCAAGGGCCAUCGGAGCAACAGCCUGUUGGGUGGCCAGGUAUGAGAACAAGGCGGCGGCCGAACAGCAGGCGGAUAUUGUUGUGGACGACCUGGAGAAGCUGGGUCAAGUUAUCGUUGGCGAGUCGAACGGGAAGGGAGAGGAGGCUGUGGUGGAUGCCAGACACAGCGGCGAGAAAAGCAAAAUCAGUACCGCCGAGACGAAGGGACAGACGCCGAAGAACGGAAAAGCAACGCUCGAAACGGAGGAUAUCGAGAUGCCGGACGCUGACCACAACGAUGAAGCUGUAUUGGCUCAAGGAACCAAAGGCAGAAAUGACGAUGGAGGUGAGCAAAAGAGCGAACGCAAACUGGCUUCGCCUAAGGCAAUGAAAGCCAUCAAGACCGAGCCUACCGAAGACGCUGCCGUGGCUAUCAUCGCCAACCAAAAGGGUCCUACCGGCAAGAAGAGAGCGAGGGAUGAUUUGGACGAGUGGCUGCCGGUAAAAAUGGGAGGGGAAGAGGUUCCGUGUGUGGAUCUGACGGAGGAACCUUGAGGGUUGACUUAAGGUUGAGUCAUUCAAGAACCGUGAAUGACAUGAGAGGGACGCCUAUGGAGAUGAUGGGAUGCAGACGCUAGAGAAACAAAUUAUAGCUGCCCAAUGUCCUCGAAAGGGCCCUUCCAGAAGCGUGGGCUCAGUUCUAGCAAAGACAGAGCAAGAAAAGCAAAAGGGGCAAACAAUCCAAGAAGCUCUCGGACUUACAUGGCAGUGAUGAACUGGUAGACGGCAGGU